AUGACGUCAGGCCCCUUCCUGGAUGCCAAGCAGAAGGGGUCCGCAGCCGGCCGUUACUUCGUCACAGGUGAAACCCUUCGUGAGAAGCUGCUUGAUCUCCGAGAGAAGACGAGAGGGCUGGACGUGUCGGAGUCGCGCAGGAGGGAACUGUUAGACGGGGUGUCGGGCUUCGCGGGGAAGGCGCUGGAGAAACUACAGGACGGGGAAACGGCGGUUUACACGGGACCAGAGGACAACAACAACAACAACAAGAACACCGACGUGAAGGGUCUCCGCAGUAGCCCGAUCCAGGAGGAGCCCGUGGACCUGGAGCACAUUCUGGAUCUGUACGGGACCCAAAUUGAGAGCCGCGGGCUGAGAGCGGGGCACGGCGGGCACAUGGCGUACGUCCCCAGUAACGGCGUGUUUCCUGCCGCACUGGGCGACUUCCUGGCCGACACGCUCAACACGUACGCAGGUCGAACUUACGAAUCCCCUGGCGGAGUGGACAUGAACUGCAUGCUGCUGGAGUGGAUGGCCGAGCUGUUCGGGUACCCCAAGGGUUUCCAUGGCAACCUGACCUCCGGCGGGUCAGCUGCAACCGUCAUCGCCAUGGCAACGGCACGUGACAGCAGGAAGGGACUGAGGGCACGCGAUUAUCACAGGUUCGUUCUGAAGGACACUUUAGUUGGCAUGGCAACAGAAAUUACCUACU